AUGGAUACACUGAGAUCAUAUUUUAACAAAUUUAAGAAGUUUCCAAGUGUUUCUUCAUCAAGUGGUUCAAUGGAUUUGAAGUCAUCAGAAAAACUUAUAAGGCAAGGAAGUCUUGGAAGAAUGACAAAAACUCCAAGGUUCAGAUUUAGUUCUGAACAUAAAACACAUGCCCAAGAUGAAAAUACAACAGUCAAUGGGAAAGCUAAAUUAUUUAAUACAGAGACGGAGGCUGUCAUGUUAGAGAAAGGUAGAGUAUCAAGUUUAAAGAGGAUUUAUGAGAAAAGGGACAAACCACGAGAAAAAACACCACCCCCAGCUAAGCCUCCAAGAAAAGAUCAGAUUUUUAAAGUAGAGUUUGAGAAAACCAAUGGACAAGACCUUGGAAUUAUUCUAGAUGCUGGAGAUAUUCAGGAGUUAAAUGGAAGUGUGAAUACUUCAGAUAAAAAUGGUUUUCAACGGACAGAAAGUCGAUUAAAGAGUGACAGUUACGUGGGAUGUGUGAAGGAGGGCAUCACUUUAUAUAGGCAAAACGUGAAUGUGGUAAAAGUAGUUUUAAUUAAAGAUGGAAGCCUAGCUCAGAAAAAUGGCUUGAUACAGGUCAAUGAUGAAAUCCUGGCAGUGAAUGAAUGGCCUUUGGAAAAGGAAACAAUUAAUAGCGCAAGGUUACUUUUGGCAAAUGCUGUGAGGUCAGGUAAAGUAGUCAUGACGUUACGAAGGAGGAAGAAACGCCCUGCUCCACCGCCACCCGAUUAUCCUGAUGACAAGAAUGUGUCCUCACACCGUAGCUCCACACCAACAGCUUCCUCUUGUUUGGACAAUGGGACAAGUUGUUAUAGUACUCCGAUGUCACAUUCCACUGACUGUAUUCCCCAGGAACUCUCUAAGGUGGUGUACUUAAAUGGUCACCAAGGCAACAUCCAUAGCAACAAUGGCAGUACAUAUACUUUGAAUUCCAUGUGUGAUUCAGCUGAUGAAAUAACAGGUUCAAUGGAUGAUGUGUUUUCUGAAGCUGUAGGGGAUUCAAUAGGGACGCCAAAAUUUCAAUCUAAACUUUCAACCAAUAUUUGUGAUAGUAAAACAAUAAAUAAUGGUAGAUGUCAGGCAGAUUUUGUGAAAACUGAACCUGUAGAGAAAUUCCGGACACAAAGUACGUCAGCUAUUGAGGAUGUGUUACAAUGGAAAACUGUUAAUAUAGACAUUGCUAGUGAUGAAGUGGAUUAUGUUAAUACUGCAGAAAUGGCAAGGCGACGCAGAGGUAAGGGAUUAUCUCCCUUGAAUAAGAAUUCCAACUUUAAAAGUGAUAUAUCCAGUUACAAAUCAGAUCCAGAAUUGGUUAAUAUCCAUAGAAGUUACCAGAAGAAAAGUAAAAAAUCCAUGUGGCGUUAUAAUGAGCGGUCCCAAACACCAACGUCGUGCUGCAGUUCCAGGUCAGACAGCGGAUUCUCAAACUCAUCUCCUGCAAAGAGAGUUGUAAGCAAGAUGCAUCUUCUGAAGGAUGAGAAUGGUCUGGGAAUCCACAUAGCUGGUGGUAAAGGCUCAAAGAAGGGUGACAUUGGCAUCUUUGUGGCUGGAACCAUGGAAACAGGGGCUGCAUACAAGGACGGUCGACUGAAGAAAGGUGACGAGUUGCUGAUGAUCAAUGGUAAAUCCCUGAUUGGCUUGACCCACACAGAAGCUGUGGAUGUCUUCCGUAACUCUCCUAAGCUGGUUCAGCUUGUUGUAGCUACCAAGGUACGGAAGGCUGCUUCCAUCGCCUCUUCUGUGUCAUGUUCCUACUCUAGUCUGACGCCCUGUCCCAACUCCAUGCUCACCACCAGCCAAUCAUUCGAUGCUACAAAUUGUGACCAGACAGACCAGUUUAGUUGCGAGAGUAACAGUAGUGAUAAGACAGUGCCAGAGCUGACCGCUCAGACACCUCAUGGAACUUUCAUUAAGUGGGAGGAACUCUUUGAGAAAUUCAAAACUGAUGGGCUUUGCACCGAUAGCUCUGACAAAGGAGAUCUAUUGGAAAGUAAGGUGAUUAGAACAAAGAAGUGGCGAUUUGAUGCUCCCCAGACAGUAACCAUCAACAAGGGGUCCAGAGGAAAGGGGCUUGGCUUCACCAUUGUUGGUGGGAGUGACUCGGAGAAAGGCAACAUCGGAAUAUUUGUUAGAAGGAUACUACCUCAGGGCCUCAUGUAUGAAGAUGGUUCCAUAAAGGAAGGAGAUGAGAUACUAGAGGUGAACGGAGACUCUUUAUCAGGGCUUAGUCACAAGGAUGCUCUGGGCAAAUUUCGUAAGCUUAAGAAAGGUCCAGUAACAUUGAUGUACCGUCACAGGAUUGGAUCUAGACCAACAAGUCCAUCCAUGAGGUCUGGAUGUGUGACUCCCAUUGAUUUCUCAUCCGACGGAAGUCCGGUGUCCACACCGGGUCAUUCGCCUUAUGGAAGUUUCAGUGACUUAUCCAAGAUAGAUAUUAAUCAGACAGGGACCAGCUCGGCUGUUAGUGGUCACAGUGACAAUUCUAGUGGGUUUCUUCUUAGGCCUCCUGGUCACGUGGACUCUUACAAAUGUUUGGGUGGUAACAGGAAUAAUAAUGAAGAUAAGAAAAAGGACCUCCACAGCAAUAAAAACUCCGAAACUUGUACAGAACUGGAUUAUGUCACCUUACAGAAAGAGUAUGGUAUAGGACUUGGUGUAUCACUACUAAGGAGGGACACUAACGGAGUCAGUCACAUCUACAUCCAGGACAUAGCUCAGGGGUCAGUGGCAGAUAAGGAUGCUAGACUCAGGAAAGGUGACAUGAUUAUGGAAGCAGAAGGAAGGUCACUUCAGGACAUCACUUUGCUGGAUGCAUACCAGGUUUUCCGCACCCUCCAACCAGGACCUGUAACAUUGGUGGUUAAGCGUGGCAACAAAUUCAAGGGUAAUGAAGAGCUUUAGAAGUAUUAGCUAUGAAGCUGUGACACUUAUGUCAAAGACCAUCACAAUACACCUUCCGUCGAAAGUUUCCGAGGAAUUCAUCCCUGAAUAUGAGAAUGAAGGCCUUUAUGCACCAUCUCAGAAUCCUGUUUGUGAUUUAUUCAAACCUCAGGCUGUGGAUUUAAGUGGUCAGACAGUUGAAAUACUAGCUGAGGGCACUAGUGAGGGAACAUUGAAACCACCACUUGAAGAUGCUACUUGUUUGUCCACAGAGGACACCUAUCAGACUUCAAAACCACUAUUGGAUGAUGUUGGUGAACAACCAGAAAUUUGUCCUCAGGUUAGUCAGGUACCUGACUUGCCUUUACAGAGUACUGACAGCUUGUUGCUUGAUCAGUCACUAAGUGAGGAUGAGUUUCUUGUGUGAACAACAGGUUGCAUAAAAUAGCAUUCAUCUGUAUUGCACUUAAAACUACAUGCUGCAAAAACCUGACACAAGUAUGGAAUCCUGUGCAAUUACAUUAUUGAAAGAUUAUUAUUAUUGGAGAACUGAAAUCUGACUGUGUCAAAAAUAUGUGCAUAUUACGAUUUGGAGAUAAUUUUUCAUAUAGCCAGCACCAUCGAUAUGAAAGAGGAGACUUUGUAAGGUUGUGAAAUGUGUAAUGAUAUGCCCUCUUAAUUAGAUUUAAUUGACUUAAUAAGAUAAUUAAAAUGAUUGAUUACACAAUUUGACUGACACUCAGUCUAGUUGAUGAAACAGACUGUACGUUUUCUAUGUGUGAAGGGGAAUAACUCUAAGAAAAAAGCACAAAUGUAUUGUGUCAGGUAUAGCAUUAUUUACUUUUGCCUUGUUUGUAUGGAAUAUCAUUAAUUUGAUUCUGUCCAGCUGUGUGUCAGGUCAGUGAUGUGCAAUUCAUAGCUGAGAAACUGUUAGUGCUUUACAUGUGUUAAGGGUGUAUGAUUAAUUACUGUGACGUUACCUCCUUUCUAAUAGAGCUUUACACACACUUAAGAGGUUUUAACUUCCAGGUCUCAAAAGGCAACACAAUAAGAAAUUCUGCCUUUCACUGGUAAAUUUAUUUCAAAACGUGGCCAAAUAUGUAAACAGAAAGUGUGUGUGAUGAUAUCAAGCCAGUUUUUCUUAGUUCAAGUUUCUUGGGGAAUAAUUCUUGCACAAAUAACAUUCAUUGUUUGUAAAUUAUGUGUGUAUAUAUAUAUAUAUUAUGUCCAGUGCUGCCUGUAGUAAAUGAUGCAUUUCCAGUUUGAAAGCAAAAAAAAAAAAACCACCCAUAUUUCUUAUCGUCUUUGAUCAAAAUACAGUGUUUAAAAUUACUUUUUCACAUGUUUUUCUUAAAGGUGCUUUUUUAUUUAUUGUUGAAUUUUGUUUACUUUAUACAAAACUGAAUACAAACAUUCUAAUGGUAAUUAUUGUUCGCUAUUUUCAUUACUUGCUGCAAUGUGAAGAAUUCUGACUUUCAUGGAAUUUUACAGGUAGAGACAUAUAUGUUGAUUUAUCAUUAUAAUAGCUUUUUCUGUUUUACCUUUAAAACACCAUAAUUUGAUUAGUAUUUCUCCAGCAUACAACCACAUAAGGUUAAAGCUGGUUGGCCAUCCUGUAAUUCAGGUGCAAUGGUAUGGUGCAAUAUAGAAAAUAGAAUUAUCAAGUAUUUGAAGGACUAAUUACCAACAUUUGUGACUUGUUGUGUAGCAAGAAGGAGUUUGAUUAUGCUUUCUGGACUAAUUCAAUUAAAAAUUUUGAUGUUGUAUUCAUGAAAAAUUCAAAAGUGAUAAAAUUUGAGUAUCAAUGAUAAUUGUGUAUAUCCACAUGUAACUACAGCAUUCCAGCCACAUUCUCUGCUCACUGAAAAUUUGUAACAUACAUGUAUAUUGUUUAUUGAUGUUAAGGGCGUAUGCGACAUCUUUAUGCCAAAGUCUUCUACUCAAUUUCAUGUUUGUACAGACUAAAAUAUUGGUUUAAUAUGGCAAUUAAGUAAUAAAAAACAGAGAAUUACUGUCACUGAGCACUGAUCUAGUUUGUGUAACUGAUUGGUACAUUGUGCAAAGGGAGACCACUCGAAGAAAAAACAUAAAUGCACACAUUAGGGAACCUUAAUGUGCUUCAGCCUUUUUUCAUCCUCUGCACAACAGAGUUGCCAAUUAGGAAAGAAGGGUUUGUCAUUCCAUGCUUCAAUUAAAGAAGAGUUCACUUGUCCAUAUCUGAAAAACAUACAAUCCCAGAUGACUGAGGAUAUAUUUGGCAGUGUGUUCUUACCUGUAUUUACAAUAUAUAUAUGCAAGGUAUAUUUGUACCUCGUAACUCCUCUGUUGAUAAUUCAUCAUAGAUAGAAAGAUCAUUUGUAUUACGAUUAUAAUUUUGUUCACUCUGCAACAUUUUCUUGUUGUUCUUGU